CCCUCGCUGAUGAUAUUGAUUGUCAUGAUGAUGAUGAAUUUGCACCAAAAAGUACAAGUGACUCCUCCCUGAACUCAAGUUAACUCUCUCCCCUUGAUCGGUUGACCUUAUCAAUAGUUGUAUUUUUUUCCAAGAUGCCGUACAAUAUAGCUAUGGUCAGCGACUUCUUCUUUCCACAACCAGGAGGUGUCGAAAGUCAUAUCUACCAACUCUCUACGAAGCUCAUCGACCGAGGACACAAAGUCAUAAUUAUUACACAUGCAUAUGAGGAUAGAACCGGUGUCAGAUACCUUACAAACGGUCUCAAAGUCUACCAUGUCCCAUUCCUCGUUAUGUUUCGUUCUUGUACCUUUCCCACGGUCUUCUCGUUCUUCCCAAUCUUCCGCAAUAUCGUUUUACGAGAACAAAUCGAGAUCGUUCAUGGUCAUGCAAGCAUGAGUAGCAUGUGUCAUGAAGCCAUAUUGCAUGCGAGGACGAUGGGACUGCGGACUGUAUUUACAGAUCACUCAUUAUUCGGGUUCGCAGAUGCCGGCAAUAUAUUAAUCAACAAGCUUCUCAAAUUUACAUUGAGUGAUGUUGAUCAUGUAGUAUGUGUCAGUCAUACCUGUAAAGAAAACACGGUUUUACGCGCUUCCCUUGAUCCUCUUAUGGUCUCUGUCAUUCCAAAUGCAGUCGUAGCAGAGAACUUUCGACCUCUAUCACAUCCUUUAUAUCCGUCCGAUCCCCCAGGAAAGCAUCCUCCACCAGCCCCAUAUCCACUCGGUCCCCACGAUGUGAUCACAAUUGUCGUGGUUUCUAGACUUUUUUACAACAAAGGGACCGACCUACUGAUUGCAGCAAUUCCCCGAAUCCUCGCUCACCAUCCUAAUGUACAUUUUAUAAUCGCAGGAUCUGGUCCAAAGGCCAUCGACCUUGAACAAAUGCUGGAGAAGAACGUGUUACAAGAUAAAGUUGAGAUGCUUGGGCCUGUCAGGCAUGAAGAGGUCCGAGAUGUUAUGGUUAGGGGGCACAUAUAUCUUCAUCCGAGUUUGACCGAAGCUUUUGGAACCGUGAUAGUCGAAGCUGCUAGCUGUGGGUUAUAUGUUGUAUGCACGCAGGUUGGAGGGAUUCCAGAAGUGCUUCCAUCACAUAUGACAGUUUUUGCCAAACCAGACGAAGAUGAUCUAGUCGCUGCUACCGGCCGAGCCAUCGCGUCUUUGAGAGCUAACAAAGUUCGUACCGAGAAGUUUCAUGAUCAAGUGAAGCUUAUGUAUUCAUGGACAGAUGUAGCAGAGAGAACAGAAAGGAUUUAUGAUGGGAUCUUCGGUGUUCUGAGCGAAGCGGAAUUCUAUGGAUAUGACGCAGCUGAUGCAGCUAGCUGGAGCGCCACGAGAGGAAGAGCUGGCGUACAAAGCUUUGCUUUAAUCGAUCGUCUCAAGAGAUAUUAUGGUUGCGGAAUAUGGGCAGGUAAACUCUUUUGCCUCUGUGUGAUCAUCGAUUAUCUUUUAUUCUUGCUGCUCGAAGUUGUGGCCCCUAGAGAUAAAAUUGACAUUUCGAGGAGUUGGCCGAAGAAGAUACCACAAGAUUCUCCUAGGAGAGAUCGUGAAAGUAGGAGAGAAUAUGGAUAGUAUUGCGUGAUUGAUUAUGGACCCGUGAGGUACAUUUCUUACAGAUGACAAAAAGGACAUCGCCUUCGAUGUUUCUAGUCAAGGCCGGUUUGGUGAGUUAAAAAAAGAGUUGAACAUCGACGCUUCCAUCCAUGCGUCGUGGAGGCUUGAUCAUGAAAAGCUACAAAUCUACUAUUCUAUCGUACCCAACAAUGAGCUGGGUAGCUCCGUCACCUUGCCCAUGAAAUCCGGAUCACGUCGACAUUGGCAACUCUCACUCCUGCCCUGGAUGUUCUUGUUGAUAGCAGGUUUCGUCCCGUGGGUAUCAGCGCUAGAGAUAUUCGAGCAUAGGUAGUCUAAUGAUCAACAUACACCUAGACACUAGCUCUAUGAUCCAAGACCAAUCUAAACUUCGGAGUUUUACGAUAACUAUUUAAGCGCAGCAAAGACAUCGUCCUUAACUACAGUGGUUACUUUGAGCUUGAUUCAAUGAAUCAAUCAAAUUUUGUAUGAAUGAUGAGCUGUGGCGGCUGAUGAUGCUUGGAUUAAGCAAGGCCUGGUCUGGAUGUGCGCAAAUAGAAAUGAAGUAAGGGUGCACCCCUCCAGAGACCAAAUUCCGUUCGACCUGCCAACUUCUCGAGCUUUAUUUACCUUGUGCGCGAUGCGAUUACUGGUAUCGGCUCUAUGUAAUGAGCCACUUCAGUCACCUAGAGGCCAGCCGCUAUGACCUGUGAUAGACUCGCCCUUGGAGGGCAAGAGUAACGCGUCAAUAGGUGAUCGAUCUUUGGCCCUCGCUGUGCAAAAAUAUUCCAGCAUGAGAAGUUCAGAUCAAUAUUUCGAACUUCGACUGAGUACGUUUUGAAAGCAUUCGAAAUGCUGAAUCUUGGAGUUUCGGUUCCUGGAUGUUCAUAUACUGGCUUCUUCAUAGGAGUGGUUAAAAACGCGGGGUGUAUGGAUUGAUUGCAUGGAGGUAUUAGAGCCUGCCCAAGCAAAGAUUUUGAUGGUUUCUAAGCAACACACGCGAAGGAUGCAAUGAGCCAGCACUCUACGCACAUUUAUAAUAUGCAGGUUCAAGGGCACGUAAUGGCCUCCUCAUUGUUUUGGCUCCCCUGGCGCGUAACCACACUCUGCAUCUGUAGGUUUACUCCAGCUGUGAGUGAGUUUCUCCCGCUAAACAAGACUGGAUGUCAACCCAACCUCGAGCCAACGAAACCCCAGCCACCCACCCCAACUCAAGCUUUAAAUAAAGUUUCAUCUUUUCAAAUGCAACCCAGUCCAGGGCAGGAUGAUAAUAUGUACUUGUGUCAUCUGAGGUGGUUGGCCAUUUUGUGAAUAGCCAAUGAGUACCUAGUAAACUUGUCACCUCAGACAUCCCAGAAGUGCCGAGGUGCGUAUCCAAAAAGAGAAGAAUCUUAGAUCUCUUUGCCCCGCGAAUCGACAUGGGACGUGCUCAGCUCCACGUAGUAGGAGGAAAAAGAGGCCGGAAUUACCCAUUUUGAACUUUAGUAGAAUCUUUCAAUCAAUUGAAUUAUAAUUCAACCACAAAUCAAACAAAUGAAUCUGAAAACACGGACA